UUCCAUUGCUAUCAUGAUGGCCCCAUUAGUUCAUCCCAUGCUUGCCCGCAUCCUUGAUGCCAGAAGCACUUCGGUGGAUUUCUCUAACCAGUUCCAAAAUCCCAGCGAUAUAUUCUCAGUGCUGUUAAUCCUCGGAGGUGAUGUUGUGGCUUGAGCAUUAGCGCAGGUUUCAGGGUCAGGGUUCACACCUAUUGCUUUUUCCUUUGGAUGGUAGCUUAUGCGGUGUCGGCUGUUGUCUCUGCAGUUGGAGAGAAUAAGCUAAUGCCGCCGCCAGACUGUGUGCCUGUAAAGUCAUCAAUGGGAGAUCAGGAUAUGUGCGCGACAACACUAGCUGGAUUAUUGAUUGGAUUGUCCAAGAUUUUGAGACUUGGAUGGAUGAUCGCAUCCGCACACACAUGGAAGUUAUUCUUGAUUCGAGUUAGGAAUUCAACAAGGGAAAAAAAUCAGAAAAUGAGGCCCAGAAGCCCUGGUCCAGAACGUCCUACGCAGGCUGGCCCCUGCAUAUCCAUCUAUAAGACUGGCCCGGCCGUCCCUGGCCAUACCGGCUCUGAUCGGGUCUAUAUUCUGGGGUUUGUGACUGGGUUCAUCCAGCUUGGAAUUGCAGCAAUUCCAUGUGGGCUCUACGGCGACUGGGGAGUUCUACUGGUGACUGGCAGUGGUAUUAUACUAUGCUUGGCUAUGGGCUCCCUAGGACAGUGGAAGUGUGAGGAAUGGGCCAGUCGCUCUAACUCAUCAGAUAAGACGGUUGUUCUCACAAGAGGGAACGGCAGUCAACAUGCAAUUGUGAUCCUUGGAACAAAGGAGGGCCUUGAUCUAGAGGCUCUGGCCACUGGUCCCGCCACAGUCGAUCUGUCAACCUUGUGGAUAUUCUUCUGCUGCGGUAUGAUCCACAACCCCAUCCGUCUCCAGAUCCUUGUAAUACUUGUUUCGUUGGUGUCGCCAUUGCCGGCAUUCAAAGGAAGUGCUGUACUGUCUCUUUGAGGAACCACAUCUUUGACAGGUUGUGUCUUCUCAAGCCUGAAUCCAGUGUAAAUAUGUUCCAAUGGCUGCAUGCCCUGACUUCAGUUGAAAAUAGCAGCUCGCCAGGUGUUUCGGAGUUACUGCGACCAAGGGGUCGAACCGCCAGUUCCUGUGUCCUGUAGGUUGGCCAAUCCUUCCGGGUUCGUUGACCGAGCUUAUUGGCAAGCCAUCUCUGCUUCUGUGCUGUAAUGGCCUCUGUCCGCGCUCUGCCAAAGAAAUCACUCUUAGAUCCCUCUCUGGAGGCUUAUUAGCUGUCUGCUUUGCCGCCUGGUUGGCUGUCUCAUUUCCUUCUACCCCUGCGUGUCCCGGAACCCAUCAGAUGGUGGGUUGGCAAUCUCGGCUUGUGAUUUCUCAGCUAUAGUGUGUGCUCAAACUGCUAGUAUUUGACCUGGUCCAGGUUGGGUAUGUUGCGGCCU